CUGCAGCGUGUGGAGAAGCUGUGGGAGACCAUCGACCAGCUGUACCUGGAGUUCGCCAAGAGGGCCGCGCCCUUCAACAACUGGAUGGACGGAGCCAUGGAGGAUCUGCAGGACAUGUUCAUCGUCCACAGCAUUGAAGAGAUCCAGAGUCUGAUCACAGCUCACGACCAGUUCAAGGCCACCCUGCCCGAGGCUGACAAGGAGCGCAUGGCCACCAUGGGCAUCCACAGCGAGAUCCUGAAGAUCGCCCAGACCUACGGCAUCAAGCUGUCCGGAAUCAACCCGUACACCAACCUCAGCCCCCAGGACAUCAGCACUAAGUGGGACACUGUGAAGCACCUUGUGCCCCUCAGAGACCAAAUGCUUCAGGAGGAGGUGGCCAGACAGCAGGCCAACGAGAGGCUGAGGCGCCAGUUUGCUGCCCAGGCCAACAUCAUCGGACCCUGGAUUCAAACCAAGAUGGAGGAGAUCAGCCAUGUGUCCGUGGACAUCGCCGGCUCCCUGGAGGAACAGAUGAACAGCCUGAAGCAGUACGAACAGAACAUCAUCAACUACAAAUCCAACAUCGACAAGCUGGAGGGAGACCACCAGCUCAGCCAGGAGUCCCUCAUCUUCGACAACAAGCACACCAACUACACCAUGGAGCACAUCCGUGUGGGCUGGGAGCAGCUGCUCACCACCAUCGCCAGAACCAUCAACGAGGUGGAGAACCAGAUCCUGACCCGCGACGCCAAGGGCAUCAGCCAGGAGCAGCUCAACGAGUUCAGGGCCUCCUUCAACCACUUCGACAGGAAGAGAAACGGCAUGAUGGACCCAGACGACUUCCGUGCCUGCCUCAUCUCCAUGGGUUACGAUCUGGGUGAGGUGGAGUUUGCCCGCAUCAUGACCCUGGUGGACCCCAACAACACGGGCGUGGUGACCUUCCAGGCCUUCAUUGACUUCAUGACCCGCGAGACCGCUGAGACCGACACUGCAGAACAAGUCAUGGCCUCCUUCAAGAUUCUGGCAUCAGACAAGAAUUACAUCACAGUGGACGAGCUGCGCAGGGAGCUGCCACCCGAGCAGGCAGAGUACUGCAUCAGCCGCAUGACCAGGUACAUCGGACCCGACUGCCCCCAAGGCGCCCUGGACUACAUCUCCUUCUCCAGCGCCCUCUACGGAGAGAGCGACUUAUAAAACAGCCGCUGCUCUUCACCUCCUCCUCACCCCUUCUUCCCAGCUUCUCCUAUUUCUCCUGUUUGGAGAGAAAUUUAAACCCUUCCACUGUCCUUCUAUAUGCUUUGUUCUUAUCAUUUUUCCUCUCUCAAAUCUUAACUUUCUCCCUCCUCCUCCUCCUCCCAUCCCUCCUCUCAUGCCCAGGAACACUGCUCAGAGAGGGCGAGAGCUGUAGACUUUGCUCAAAUCUUAGAGGUUAUGUUUGGACUGGCCAGAUGCUCUCUCAUAUCUGUUAGGGUGCCUUUUAAGAAACCAGGUAUUGCACUGAACUUAUGUAAGCAGCAUACAUAUAACAUACCUGCCUUUAGGAGACUUUAAAGAGAAGGAGGUAAUGAGAGAGAAAAAAAAGUGUUAGCUUUGAGCAAAGCCUCCUGCUCUUGCCCUCUCUACCUAACAACUUCUUUUUGUAGAAGGGUAAUUAAAGAAGAAAACGUGAUAAAAAAGCUGGUUGGUCAGUUGGCUUGGUUGGUUGUGUAUUUGUGCAGAUGCAUGCUAUGUUGAAGUUUAGAAACACUGUCGUUGAGUCUCGGACUCUUCCUUAAUCAUACAAAAAUGCAAACGGUGUCAGUAGGAGCCUGUUAACAGUUCAGUCGGCAGAGGAGAGAAGCAGGUCAGGUGCUAAUAUGUUACAAAGGCAGCAGAAAAUUCUCACUGUAAACACUGCAAACCAGAGCACUGUGAAACCUGAACGUUAGCAAAGAUCAAAUUGAACCUGGAGCUCUUAAAGCCUUAAGACACUCAGGAACUAAUGGAGGAUGAAUGGGAGCACCUAAACAUGAGCACUGAAUAGUAAAAUGCACACAGAGGGAGCAAAGCACUGUGGGUAAAUAAUACAAAGACGGCCAUGGCUGGAUGGUGACUCAAGAAUGAAAACAGAAAGACUAACUGUUACGACCAGGGAGAACGAUCCCACACACCUCGACUCUCUGUCCAAAGUCCUUUCUGCGUUUCGGCUACAUUUAAAACAAGAGCAGAAAGGACUGGACAGAGAGAGGCAGUGAGAGACAACAGGGCAUCAGGAAAGUUGUGGACAAAAAUAGGAAGAAUCGAUACUGAACGUGGGACCAUAGGAGGCCUGUGUCAGUGAGGAAGCUCAUAGGGUUUUGGUCCCAUUUAAAUUGCAGGUCAGCCGUGAUAAGCAGUGCGAGCCGACUCCUCCCUGUGCAUGAUCUGUGCUCCGUUCUCCUCCUCCCCUCAUCCUCCGCUCAUUCUGUCCAUCAGCAUUGAUGCCAUAAAAAGUCACUUUCAAACAGUUAAAUUUUAAAAACCUCAACUUGGAAUAAAAAAGGUAAAUUAUAUUAUUAAAAAA